AUGUUGGACAUCUUGGAGCCUCGAAGUUGUGAACACCCAUUUCCUCCCCUCCGAAGAAGAGAAGAGACGGCCAACGACGCGGACUAUGAUGAUUACUCUUGCAACAUUUCAAGGAACAGAGCAAAAGGACAAGUCCCUCGCCCUGUUCCCCCCAUCUCCAACCCCUUCCGAGUUGCAACACAAGACGUGCCACAGAAGAGAAGGUCUCCCGAAGGAGCCCCAUGAGAGCAGCCAGAUGGCCAGAGCAGUUGGAG